AUGGCGGCCUUGUUCGUCUCUACCGCCGCUGUGGCGUUGCUUGGCAACGGCGAGAUUGAUGGCACGGAGCCAAUGGUUGAGGCGUUGCCUGGCAACCGUUUUGAUGGACAGGUCCAAGAGCCAAUCAGUGAGGAGAAUAAAGAGAGGCGGAACGGAAGAGCCAAUCGGCUGCGAGUGCGCAACCGGGCGGGGCGAGACGGAAGAAAGGGAUUGUGGGAUAGAGGGGGUGUACGGAAAGAGGCGGAAGCGCCGCGGAGCCGCCGGGACCGGGACGAGGAGCGGGAUCAAAACCCGGAUCGGGAUCAAAACCGGGAUCGGGAUUACGGAGCGGGGCCCGGAGCCCUCCAGCCUCAGCCCGGGAUGUUCCACGGGAUCGCGGGCCCGGCCGGGAUGGGCGCCCCUGGGAACAAACCGGAGCUCUACGAGGAGGUGAAGCUCUACAAGAACGCCCGGGAACGGGAGAAGUGAGUGCGGG